CUUGUACCUCUUCUGCCUACUGCGAAUGCGAAAAGCAGUGCAAAUCUUUAGUAUAAAAUUAGGCAGGUGAUGUGAUUGUGGUAGUGUUGCACAUAGGUAUAUAUACAUAUUAUUACGAGAAGUUGGUAAUCCAACAGCAGUUUUGCAAAUUCUGAACCAAAGUAGCAAGUUCCCACUUUAGAUAUUAAGUCGAACUCCGAUUAAGCUAUCGCCUGGCUAUCAUCUACUUAAUUAGUAGCUACCUAUUUAUCACACGAAGCGCUUAAGAGCGAUUCAAAAUAUUUCUAACCACCGUCAGUGACAAUUAUACGGCAGGAUGAAAGCGUUAUAUUCUCGAAGAACGGUGACAUUGGUGACCAUGUUCGUCAUUUCAGGAUUUGAGAAAGUACUUGGAGAUGAAAGUCCUUGCCAACUUCCCGUCGACUCUGGAACUUGUUCCUCCACUGAGACUAAUUCUACUUCCGGAAAAGAAGAACAAAGAUAUUACUAUUCGUAUGCAAAUUUCAAAUGCACAGAAUUCCCAUAUUCCGGCUGUGGUGGAAAUCCCAAUAAUUUCAAGAGCUUGGAAGAAUGCAAGAGAAAGUGCAACAAGUCUCUGGGUGGAGACCUUCCCCUCAUUGCCAACAUUUUGGCAGCCCAAGCACAGCAAAAGUGCUACUACGGGAAUAGAACUUAUGCCGUGAGGGAAGCAAUUCCAGAAGCGACGGUAGAUUCACCUUGUUCAAUGAGCUGUUUUUGUGCAAGCUACCGACCGGGAACAUCCCCCACGAUAACUUGUGCCGAGGUGGAUUGCCCCCCAUAUCCGGAAGGUGAUGAUUGCGUCCCCAUUGACAAAACGGGCACGGCGUGUUGUUCCGACUAUUAUUGCCCUUCCAUGGCUCCUGCAGAGGAAUCUAAACCCUUCACCUGCACGUACAAGGGGAAACAAUACGUCGAAGGACAAACCAUCGACCCUGACGACUACCCCUGCAUUGCCUGUUCUUGUAACAAGAAUUGGACAGGAGUCUUAACCACUAAAAAUGGUGUCUGCAAAGAAGUCAAUUGCGGAAUCACGAUCCACAACCAGCAAAAAUUAGUGAAUCGCUGCACCCCAAAGUUUUACACGACCUCGGCUGGACACCAAUCUUGCUGUCCGAUAGAGUGGAAUUGUCAAAAUAAGGAAAAAAUGACACAAAACCGAAAUUCUACUGCAACAUCGGCAUAAAAACCAAACCAAACGUUUGGUUUGCAAACCAAACCUUGAUAUCUUACAAUGCAAUUUAUAUUAUUAAAACCUCCCUUUAAAUAUGUUAGUCUUUAAGGUAAAGUGAAAGUAAUUAAAAGUUUUCCAAAAAAAC